AUGAGGUGUUUGCAGGACUUUCUAAUGAAUUGGAAUUGUCUUGAACGAUUUGAUGAUUUUAACACUUGUUCGGUCCCGGAAGUACCAGAGAAUGGCUAUAGGACACAGAGUAUAGAAGUUUUCUUUGAAAACACUGUUGUUCGAUUCCAUUGCCAGAAUGGAUAUAAACUCAAAGGCCCAGCUAAGAAAAUGUGUGUGCAGCUGUUCAAUGGCUCACUUACCUGGAAACCUAGUGAAAAACCACAGUGCCUCCAAGAAGUCACAGAUUGCCUUGCUCCCUAUGUGAAAGAUGCUGAUGUUGUCAACAAGACGUACAGAACUGGAGACAAGUUAAUGAUCAGCUGCCGGGAGGGAUUCCAGACUCGCUACCCUGACUUAGACAACAUGGCUUCAGUGUGUCAAGAUGAUGGAACGUGGGAUAAUCUGCCCACUUGUCAAGGCUGCCUCAGACCACUGGUUCUUCCUCACAGUUAUAUCAACAUAUCUGAAUUUGAUUCCUCGUUUCCUGUGGGGAGAGUGGUUUACUACCAGUGCUUUCCAGGGUACAAGCUGGAGGGGGCAGAGUAUCUGGAGUGCAUGUAUAACCUCAUCUGGUCAGAUGAACCACCCAGGUGCCUUGAUGUUGAAGUUUGCCCACUGCCGCCAAUGGUGACUCAUGGAGAUUAUACUUGCCAUCCACAGCCUUGUGAGCGCUACAACCACGGAACCGUCAUUGAAUUUUUUUGUGAUCCAGGUUACACACUCGCCAAUGAUUAUAGAUAUUUCACAUGCCAGUCCGGUGAAUGGUUUCCAUCCAACCCAGUGUACUGUGUAAAAGCAGAGACAUCGUGGCCAAACACACAAGACACUCUUUUGACAACGUGGAAGAUUGUGGCAUUUACAGCUAGCAGCGUGUUACUGGUCCUCCUGCUGGUCAUUAUUGCUCGGAGCUUUCAGACAAAGUUUAAAACCCAUUUCUUUCCAAGAAGUCCACAGGAGAACGCAGCUGAACCAGACUUUGUGGUUGUGGACGGGGUUUUGGUCAUGCUGCCUUCCUAUGAUGAGGCUGUUAGCAAUGAAGUAAAUGCCACACCGCCAGGCUAUGUGUCCUCUGCUGGCCAGAGGAGUCCCACCCAGACUGAUGACACAUUCCCUCCUGCAUAUCCCGGGGAGCAAAACACAGAGAGCUUGUGUGAGAUGUCAGAGACCAUUGACAGCUUGCUGGAGUCUUCUGACCUGCACCAGACUUUACAUUCCUCCUCCCUAUGUCACAUGAGAUCUCAGGCUGCACAGAACAUGAACAGCGGAGAAGCUCCUUCAACUAGUCCAAGCAUCGACAUCGCAGAUGAAAUUCCACUAAUGGACGAGGAACCUUAGAUUGUAAAGGACCAAUAGAAAUUUAAUAAAGAACAUUUUUAUUUAUCAGCAACUGCUGUUUAUUUUAUGCAUAUUUUGAUUAAUUUUUGAGCAACAUGACUGUCGGGUAUUUUAGCAGUUAGUUCUUCUGUCUGAUUGGCAAUAAUCUAGAUCAAGAAACUGAGAAUGUCUUCUAAACACAAACCUGUGUAGGACAUCGUGAUGGAAGCAAACACUCAUGGAGACACUUUUAUAUCUAGAAACCACAAUCAGAAGAAGUGAUAUGAAGACUGGAGGAAGACUGAGCAACCAUCUGUCUUUGGGCUCAGACACAGACACAUGUGCUCAUCAAGAUGAAGUCAAUACGAGCUUGGAAAUCUGAUGAAUGUUAAAGGAAUAAGAAACCCCAACAUUUUCUUUAAUGGUUCAGAUAGAGUGUAAAAUGUACUUCUAUUAUCAAAUUGACUUUGCUUUCUUGGUAUCAUUUGUUAAAGAGCAGGCAUGUACACUCAGGAGCGUGCACGUGCCUGCAACACUAUAUGCAGGUGUUUUUAAAAAAUGCUUUUUACAAUGUUAUACAUUUGCAAGAGCACUAGAUGGAAGCAGUGUUGUAUGGUAUAUACUGCUUCAAACAUGCACAAUACCAACCUAGGUUUUCUCUUCAACAAAGGAUAUUAUGACAACAAAGCAAUUGUGAUAAAUGAAGUAGCUUUUUUUUUAAAUUGUAUACUCUAUCUGAAUCAUGAAAUAAAAAUGUUGGGCUUUAAUACUGUUCCUGAAUUUCAGAUGUUGGUUGGAAUCCUGUGGGGGAAAAUGCUCUUUAAUCCUAAUCUUGCAGAUCAUUUAAAUACUGAAACUCUUAGCCCAAUUCCUGUAAUUACACAUGUGCCUUUCCCCAAGGAACCCAUUCAGUCUCACCAUAGAUUCUCCUGCUAAAUUUGCUUUUAUCACUCUGCAAAUAAAUUCCACUCUUAUAUGACAGAAAAA